UUAUGUCCAAUCCUCCAUAGCUUAUGGAUUCUUAACAUCGUCAACGGCUUUUCCUUCCUUUCUGGCUUUGUGCGGAGUGGGUGGGUCACCCCGAAACCCAACUCCGCCGUCGUUCCUACAUGGCCAAGGGUCGUAAGUUGACCUCAAGUCACCGGAGCGAACGCCUCUUGGGAAGCUACAGCUACAGCCUCCACAGCCAACCCUCCGUCGCCGCUACUGACGCAUCGGAGUUCGUUGAAGACGAUGUCUGGUCCACCGUCGACGAAAUAGACGACCGCGCAAUGAAUGCCUCUUUUGGAGAGAGGCCUCCACGUUCGGCUGCGGAGAUAAACGGCGGUGGGAUAUCGAUCAGAGGCGGCCGUCGGAUCUCCCUUAACGAUCACCGCUGCGUGGGGGGACUGUCCCUGGCAUUCGAUGAUUCGGGAAACAACGGUACGACGACGUCCACCAGGAUUCUCCACCAGUGCCACCACGGGCACGACAGCGUGGCGCCACCACGUGGACACCAUAUGGCCACGUCGGCUCCCGUGAACGUGCCGGACUGGAGCAAGAUACUCCGGUCUGACUCGACCGAAUCACUUCACGGCAUGGAUGGCGGUUUCGAGGACGAAUCGGAGAUGGUCCCUCCACAUGAGUACUUGGCGCGUGAGUACGCGCGGAGUCGGAAAAUGGCAGCGAACUCCGUUUUCGAGGGCGUGGGCCGGACGCUAAAGGGUCGGGACUUGAGAAGGGUUCGCGACGCGGUGUGGAGUCAGACCGGGUUCGAUGGGUGAGUAUGCCGGUUCAGACCGGUAUUAUAUUUGAUAAUUACAGUCGUUCUCAGUCUAAAGGACGGUUUAGUUGGGAAAAUAUAUUAUAUAGCUUUAGUUUUUUUGGGGAUUUUUGUUUCCGGGACGAUGAUUCGGUUGGGUUGACUCGAGUGAGGAGAGUCUGACUCAGAGGCGAGUGAGCCUUAGAGCAAAAAUCUGGACCUUCUAGAUUCUGAUCAAGAUCUCUCCCCUUUUUGAAUAAUUUUGUAUUCUAAUUUCUGUUUGUUUAAGCAGAUUCAGUAUUCCAUGUUUA